GAGGCCUUUUCCUGGCCCAUCCGCGCCGCGCAGGCGCACGCCCACGCAGCGCCGAGAUGGCCGACCCGUGCGUCCUGUCUCCUAGUAACCAUCCUCUAGCCCGCGCCUUCACGGAAGCCGCCAGACGGCGCAUGCGCGGUGGCCGUCCCUUCGCGCUAGAACACACCUGUGGCUUCGAGGCUUCCAGCGGGUCCCUGGAGCCCGAGGUGUUCCCGGCUGAGCGAAACGGUUACCUCCUAGAGCUGCUCGGGUGCGGCAGCUCCUGUCACGGUCGGGAGGCUGUCCUGUGCGAGCCUUCAGUCAUCAAAUUGAAGAAACAUUUCCACCACUUACAAGGGUCCCUCACGCUCCCUUGAUGGUUGACCAGCUGUCCCAAUGGGAUUUUUGCUAAGUAAAGCUGCCACUCAUCCAUCUGCUGCGCUGGUGGAUUCAGAAGUGAACAAUCACUUAAUGCAAGGAGCAGAGAAGCAUGGAUUGGAACCAGUGACUCGGUUAUUUCAAAACACCAAGAAAAUAAAGUUAGAAGACACAGACCAAGAAAACUUCACAAGAAAGGAAGGGAUUGACAGAGGAUGGAAUGCCAUGGGCUACGUGAAGGAAAACGAUGGCCUAGUAAUAACAGAUUUGGAAUGAAGUCAUCUGGACAGAUUACCAAAGAAAUCAAAAAUUGCUUUUGAUUAGAGGAUGUGUUCAAUGUAGCUAAAGUCCAUUAGGAAGCGUAACAAAAUGAAGAAAUGGCUAAAAGGCCCUCCUAAAUCCAAGGCAGAUGUCUUCAGGGUAUAUCCUAUCCCUGUCAAACUCAACGCUUAUUUUUACUAAGAGUGUUUGGUACUGAUGCGUUCACACUCUUCCGUCUGUUCCUGCCAUGCUACCUUCAUUUCAACGUUAGGACAUGCUUCUUUCCAAAUUAAGUGUGUUUGUCUUGCAGUAACUUCCAUUUUAUAACAAUAUGUCAUAUAAUAAAAACAAAAACUUCUUUUAUAUUUGUUGUUAAGAUAUAUGUAGUCUGAAACAAUAGUUUCUGCCAUGUCCCAAGUAAUGAUAGAUAAAAUGAAAACUAUUUUGUAUCUAGAUAUAUGGUGAAUUGUAAUUAUUUAUAUAGUUUUUGUUUGUUUGUUUGGUUGGUUUUGGCUUUGGUUUUGGCUUUGGUUUUGGUUUCAUGCUAGGUAUUGAAUUUAAGGUGUUGAACAUGGUAAACAUGCAACUCUGCUACUGAGUUCUACCCUAUGUUUUGAACAUGUUCUUGUAUGCUAAUAUUUAAUAACUGUAACCACCACCUUGACAAAAGCCAAUAAAUUGGAUGUGUGUGUGUGUGUGUGUGUGUGUGUGUGUGUGUGUGUGUUAUAUACAUGAGUGUACAAAUGCAGAGACCAGAGCAGGAUAAUGAGAUCACUCUCCACCUUAUUAUCUUGAGACCGGUCUCUUACUGAACUGGAAGCCAACCAUUUCAGCUAGAUUGUCUGGUCAGAGAACCACUGAGUUCUACUUGUCUCCGUUCUGUGUGCCACCAC